AAGAAGCGGGUAACAUUUGCCGCAGACACUGUUUUUGAGCCAGGACGUCGGGUUAACGAGUUCUGGAGGUUUGGGUCGGUGUACAAAGCGGGGAAGCAUGCACCUGUUAUGAGCGGGGGAUGGCUCGAUACCAGUUUGAAGUCAGACAUCUUGGAGAUGAUGCUGAAUCUCAAGGUCUACGCAACGUAUACUGUUGAUAGCAUGGCUGAAUUCAACGACAUCCAUGAUGAGUUUGUAGCGUACAUGGAAGAAGGCAAGCCGGUGACUCCGGGAAAACGCAGUAAACUUCGAGACCAUGAACUCUGCCUCGAGGUGAUGGAUGAGUUUGCAGAGUAUCUUGGACGCUGUAAUGCUAAUGGUUCGACCUUGGCUAGAGAUGAGCUAGCACAAGCAAAAGUCUUGGUUGUCUACCAGGGCCCAAACAGCGGACUCCUUGGCUUCCAGUUUCUUAAAGACACGUGGGACGAUGCGGAGGCUGCAGAGUACCUGGAUCAGUUGAAAGAUGAGAUCCCUCCAGAGAAUCAAGGU